AUGGCUAUAGUCCCAAUGAUCCCAUGCUUGUUUGUGUUCAUGUUAAUUCAUGGACUAACAUCCCAGCAUACCAGUUACACUGCUGAUGCAUCUAGCAGAUUAAUUACGGACAAAUCACAAGCAGUUUCCCAUAUGAAUUGGAAUUUUCCCAAGUUGAAGGCAGCUACGUAUCCACAAGGAAAGAUGCCGUCAAAUGACAAACACGCACAAGAAAUGCUGCAAGGCUUCAAAGUGAAGGAGCUCGCACUGGACAAUCCUCGUGGAAAGGGCAUGGUUAAAAUUGAUUACGAUAAGCAUCUGUCUGCUGAAGGAAAGAUGGAGCUAGCUAGAAGACUAGGGAGGCAAAUUCCAUCACCGCCUCCUCCAAUAAUCAACAGAUUUGUUCAAUGGAAAACUCCUCCCACGUAUCAAUGGACAAGUCCACCGCCACAAAUAUAA